AGUCUAACCCUGCUGUGCUCUUUCUCCAACAAAAACUUACAGUCUGGCUGCAGAAAUGCAAAAGAGAAGACUGAUUUCUUGGUGGAUAUUUUAUAUAGUGUGCUGUUUUGCUGUUCUGAACCUUUGGAGAGAAAGCACAUUUUGGACAACUUGACGCUUCUUUUUGUAAAUUGCUUACCUUUUCUGGUUCCUCUCUGUCAGGCCUGUUCUGAUCCCAUCAAGCACUCCCUGAUCUGUGACUGGCUGAAAGGAGACGUUCUGGGUGACAGACUUAUUUCUCUGGCAAGUGACUUGUGUAUCAGCGGCAUAACAGACAAGGCAGAAAAAUCAGAGGCCUACUGCUCUGACAAAUGGUCUCUAUUGAGCUUAGUGCUCUCGGAACAUGUUAAGAAUGAAACACUUAUAGCAGAAGUCUAUGUGGAGAAGAUUAUUGAUAAACUUCACUGCACGUUGACUAAAACAAAGGAUUUCUCUGAAGCCGGUGACCUUGAGCAGUCUGUGUCCUUCAUCUGCGAUGUGGCCUCCAACUUUUUUAGUUCUGUGAAAGAUUGUCUGCAAAUGCCAUCAGCAGAGGACCUGCUUCUCACGAUGUUCCAGCUGUGUGCACAGCCUUCUGAUAAAACUCGGUUGUCAGUAGAAACGCUCAUGCUGAAGUUACAGCAUACGUGGAUGUGUGGUAUAGAGUCACUUCUCUGCCGGCCUCACAUUCUGCCGAAAGGAAGCAAGUUUCUUCAUUGUUCUGCACAGUGGAUCAUGGAGCAACUUCAGGGGUCUCAUUUGACUAUGAACAGCCUCCAAACACUGAUAAGUGCUGUUGAUAACUUGUAUGGCAAGCUCUUAGAUUCAGGUCCAUCCUCAUCUCACUUCCUGGCUGAGCACUUGUCUCUGAUGAUGCCGAGCGAUGAGAAAUGGCAGAAGAUGCGCCAGGCUCUCCCUGGACAGUGGUCAAGCAAGCCGCUUUUGGAAGGGCGAUUGAGUAUGAAUUCGGAAACAUCUGGGACAGAUCUUAAAUCACUUCAAAAGACUUGGCUGCCCCAGCACUUGUGUACAGGUGCAAUAAUGAGCAAAAUGGCUUUUCGUAUCCUGGAGAACAAUGCUCUGAGGAAAGAUGGGGAGAUUGCAGUUUGCCCAGUUUCUGAAAUGCUGUAUAGCUUACAGUGGUGUGAUGAGCUUGAGGGACCUCCAGCCACCCUUACAGAGUGCUGCAACAUGCUCCGUGCUAUGGACAUAACCCAUGACAGCAUUGUAGAACUUGGUGACCAUCUGCCUGGCCUCUUAGAGCUCUUGUAUACCAGGUCAUUAGAAAGUGGUACACUGUGGUCUCUAACCCUUCAUAAACAUAUUCAAUUGAGCAAUCCUGGACAAGAUGCAUUGAAAGUACUGGCUUCAAGCACAGACAGUUAUUUUCCUGUGACACAAGGUUCCCUGCACACCAUCCAGUGUAUUUCUCCAUUCUUAAGCAAAGAGGAAAAGGAGUUGCUUUUAAUCCAGUGUAUCUCGCACCUUAUGUCCUGCGUGCCCACUGCUGUGUCCUGCAUUGAUGGGGGAUUUGGUUAUCUUGCCAUUAUUAAUUCUUGCCUGGAUUCUGAGUCCCCUCCUUCUCCCGACUUUCUUCCUGGAGUGUUGAAAAUAAUUUUCUCUUGGAAGAACGAGCAUGAAGAGCUCUUCCUUUUCAGCAGCAGUUUGCAGAAUGUUAAUCCAGAGUCGAUUGGGCUGAAUGUUGAGAUAAUAAGAUUUAUUUCUGCCUUGCUAAAAUAUCCCUCCUCCACAUUACCCUCUCUGGGGGAUGCUGAAUGGGACUUUAUCAUGUGUUCCAUGCUGGCGUGGUUAGAGACUGCGUGUGACAGCUCUGCUCUCUACCAUCUACCACUUGUUCGACUAUUUGCUUGCGUAAGUUGCAGCUUGGCAUCGGAUUUGUCUGGCUAUUUUCAAGCUGUCACUGCAGGCAAUGCUGAAAAGCUUCCCGGCAAUCUUAUCUCGGAAUGGAACGAGUUCUUCUCCGAAGGCAUUCACAGUUUAUUGUUACCAGUGCUGGUUAAAAUAGCAGGGGAGAGCAAGGCUACAGAGAUGUCUUAUCAGAGCCCUGUGUUGCAGUCACUGGGCGAAGCUCUGCGUUACAUUUCAAAAGAACAGCUGCUGGACCACAAAAAACUCCCGGCCAAGUUUGUUGCUGGACAGAAGACUAACCUCCCUGACAGCUUGCAGAGCUUGCUAAAUACCCUGGCUCCACUCUUGCUGCACCGGGAGAGAGCCAUACAGAUCACAGUUUACCAUAUGCUGAAAAAGAUUAUGGUCGACUUGCCCGUGUUUGAUGAAGAUCUUAAAUCUGAUGAAGAAGAGGAACCCGUUUUAUCUCCACCUGUGGCUCUCAUGUCCGUACUGGCUGUCCAGGAGGAUUUAGUAGAAAAUCUUCUACGAGGAAUUCAAGUGGGAGAGUUUGCUGUAAUCCAGCCAUUAAAAGAAGAGUUCUGCUUUGUUCUGGGCUAUCUCCUGACAUGGAAACUUAUACUAAUGUUCUUCAAGGCUGCAUCAUCUCAACUGCGAGCACUCUACUCACAGUAUCUGCGGAAGACGAAGAGCCUAAAUAAACUGCUUUACAACCUGUUCAAGCUAAUGCCUCAUACACCUGUUCUUCCUGGACAAUCGAGCGAUGCAUUUUGUAAAGAUCCUAAAACGUUCUUCACUGAGGAAUUAACCCUAAAUGUAAAAGAUUCAUCCACACUGCAAUGGGAGAUCCCUCAUCUGGCCUGUAGUGUUUAUCACAUCACACUGAAGGAUUUGCCUGCCAUGGUCCGACUAUGGUGGAAUGGUUGCGAGAAAAGGAUUUUUAGCGUUGUGGACAAAUUCACUACCAAGUAUGUCAGUGGAGUGCUGUCUUCCCAGGAAAUAUCCUCUGUACAAUUCAGUACUCAAGUCUUUGAUGGCAUGACCGUGAAAGCCAGUCGUACCACCCGGGAGGUUAUAGCCACUUAUUCUGUUGAUGACAUCUGCAUAGAGCUCAUUAUCCAGCUGCCCCCAAACUAUCCCCUGGGCUCCAUCACUGUAGAAAGCGGCCGCGGGUAGGCGUGGCAGUACAGCAGUGGCGGAAUUGGAUGCUGCAAUUGAACACUUACCUUACACACCAGAACGGAAGUAUAAUGGAGGGCCUCGCUCUCUGGAAGAACAAUGUGGACAAGAGGUUUGAAGGUGUUGAAGAUUGCAUGAUCUGCUUCUCGGUGAUUCAUGGUUUCGAAUUACUCUCUCCCAAAGAAAGCCUGCCGGACUUGCAAGAAGAAGUUUCACUCAGAAUGUCUGUACAAGUGGUUUACCUCCAGCAACAAGUCCACGUGCCCCCUUUGUAGAGAGACCUUCUUUUGA